AUCUGGGGUCAUACGAUCCUUUCAACGUGGAUUCAUAAAUGAAUGGUGGGCUCGACGGCCACACCAUGGCGCACAGAGCUCUGAUUGGCUGUCUCUGCCUAUAUAUAUUGUGGCAAGGUGUGACACUUCCAAGAAACGACAAGAGCAACACAACAAAGACUCACGAGGCUCUGAACGAUGCGAGCGCAGAUACAGAAGGUUCCUCAGAUCGUGGAGCUGCUGAAGAAGAAGUCAGUGGGACUGCAGCACUUUAAACCCACGUCCUCAGUGUGUGUGCUGGAGGAGAAGGAUGCUGUGGAGACAGCGCCGCUCUGUCCUCACAGAGCGCACACUGCAGCCUCCAGAGCGCACUCUGCGCACAGCCUGGAUGCCAUCCCUGGCCCCACAAACUGGCCCCUAGUUGGCAGUCUGGUGGAGCUUCUGCGUAAAGGAGGACUCACCAGGCAGCACGAGGCUCUGGUUGAUUAUCAUAAGAAGUUUGGUAAGAUCUUCCGGAUGAAGCUGGGCUCGUUUGAGUCCGUGCACAUCGGUGCGCCCUGUUUACUGGAGGCUCUGUAUCGGAAGGAGGGCAGUUACCCCCAGAGGCUGGAGAUCAAACCGUGGAAAGCUUAUAGAGACCUGAGGGACGAGGCGUACGGGCUCCUCAUCCUAGAAGGAAAAGACUGGCAGAGAGUGAGGAGCGCGUUUCAGCAGAAGCUCAUGAAGCCCACAGAGGUGGUGAAACUGGACAAGAAGAUCAACCAGGUGCUGGUGGAUUUUGUCGGCAGAAUUAAAAAUAUUAACAAAAAUGGAAAAAUAGAGGAUUUGUACUUCGAGCUGAAUAAAUGGUCGUUUGAGACGAUUUGCCUGGUUCUUUAUGACAAACGGUUUGGUCUCCUGCAAGAGAAAGUCAACGAGGAAGCUAUGAACUUCAUCACCGCAGUGAAGACGAUGAUGAGCACUUUUGGCAUGAUGAUGGUGACGCCGGUGGAGCUUCACAGGAGCCUCAACACCAAAACAUGGCAGGACCACACCGCCGCCUGGGACCGCAUUUUCAGCACAGCCAAAGUCUACAUCGACAAGAAAAUCAAGAGGAACGCAAACAGAGCACCUGACGACCUGAUCGGAGACAUCUUACAUCACAGUUGUCUUUCCAAAAAGGAGCUGUACGCCGCCAUCACCGAGCUGCAGAUCGGAGGAGUAGAGACGACCGCCAACAGUAUGCUGUGGGCUAUUUUCAACCUGUCACGUAACCCCGGCGCCCAGAGAAAGCUGCUGGAGGAGAUCCGAGCCGUGGUGCCCCCGGACCAGGACCCGUGCGGAGAACACAUCAAAAGCAUGCCCUACCUCAAGGCCUGCCUCAAGGAGUCUAUGAGGUUGUCGCCGUCAGUCCCAUUCACAAGCAGGACUCUGGACAAAGACACUGUGUUGGGAGAUUAUGCCAUUCCCAAAGGAACAGUUUUGAUGAUUAACAGUCAUGCACUGGGCUCCAACGAAGAAUAUUUCGACGAUACCAAACAGUUCAAGCCCGAGCGAUGGCUGCGGGAGACGAGCACCAUCAACCCCUUUGCCUACGUGCCCUUUGGCAUCGGAAAGAGGAUGUGUAUUGGACGGAGACUCGCCGAGCUCCAGCUGCAGUUGGCAAUGUGCUGGCUGGUUCGAGACUUCGAGAUCGUGGCGACUGAUACUGAGCCUCUGGAUGUGAUUCACUCUGGACUUUUAGUCCCCAACAGAGAGCUGCCUGUGGCCUUCAUCAGGAGAUGAGGUACUGCACCUGUGUAUUUAUACCACGUACAUAAAGUAAAAGUACGACUGACACUGUGUGUCUCCUCCAGGCUCGACACGACGUCUCUGAUGGUCAUGUGACUCCUCACUUUGCUGCUCUGUAAAUAGAAAAAAAAAAAACACAAAUGAUUUUAGUUUUUACCACAGAUACCUCAGACAUAUUUAAGACUACUUCUACGACUACAUUCUGUGAUUUAUGGCUGACCAAAAAGUGAAUGUUGCACCUCGGCAGCUUCCCCCAAAUCUUAUGUAACUCACCUCAUGUAUGUACAUGACCCGCGUUUACUGUAUAUAUUGUAGUUUAUGUUCACUGUGUGUAUAUACAUGCUACUCUGUAUUAUAGUACUUUGUUUUACAUAGAAAAUAUUUUAUUCAACUGAAUUUUAGCAUGAAUAAAUGUAUUAACUCCA